GGUGCCGGCAGCGCGGGAGGGCGGCACAGGGCCGGGCGUGCAUGGAGCCGUGCCGCGGCCCCGCCACUUCAUAGGCAGACCCUCACCGGAGUCCCGCGCUCGGUCCCCGGACCUCGCUGCGCUGAGAACCGCUGCACGGUGCCCCGCUCCCACUGUGCGGACCCCCGGACAUCUUCGCACCGUGAUCCAUUGUGCGGGGUCCAGCUCCCGUCGCACGGACCCCACAGCGGCGGACUCCACUGCGCGGACCCCCGGCCUCUACUGCCACGCCCCCGGUUGCAGCCCGCCUCCGGACCCUACCGCACCAAGCUCCGCUACACGGUGCCCGCACCCCUCGUUGUACCGGAUCCCGCUCCCCAUGGCACGGCCCGCCGGUGCGGCGGGCAUGGCAUCCGGGAGCCGGCCCUGGGGGGCCCUGCUGCUGCUGCUGCUGCUGCUGCCGGCGGCGUGCCGGGCCGGCGGCGGGUGCGCGGGGGAAGGCGGCCCGCUGGAGCCCUUCGACGCGCUGUACGCCACCGGCGUGGAGGCGUACUACGGCGGAGACUUCGCGGGCGCGGCGCGGUGCCUGGAGAGGGCUCUGCGCAGCCGGCGGGAGCUGCGGGACACGCGGUUGCGGUGCCGGCGGCUGUGCCGCGGGCAGGUGCGGUUGGCGGCGCCGGGACCCGGUGCCGGUGGAGACCUGCCCUUCUUCAGCUCGGUGCUGCGGCGUGCCGGCUGCGUGCGGCGCUGCGAGGAGCCGCGCCUGGGAGCCGCCUCCCGCCACCGCGCCCCCGACGAGGUGCGCGCCGACUUCCAGCGCAGGGUGCCCUACAGCUACCUGCAGCGCGCGUACAUCCAGCUGAACAAGCUCGAGGAGGCAGCAAAUGCAGCUCACACCUUCUUCAUGGCAAACCCUGAGCACAUGGAGGUACAGCAGGACAUUGAAAACUACAAGAACACAGGGAAGGUCAGCUUGAUUGACCGGGAGGCCAAGCAGCACAUGGAAGACUACAGUGCUGGGGUAAAGCACUAUGACAAGGAGGAGUAUGAGCUGGCCAUUGACUUCUUGGAGAGUGCAUUGAAAGGGUACUACUCCGAGGAUGAAGAUUGCCAGAUCAUGUGUGAGGGACCACAGAGAUUUGAGGAGCAUGAGUACCUGGAAUAUAAGGCUGGCCUCUACGAAGCUAUUGCAGAUCACUACAUGCAAGUCCUGGCCUGCAAACAUGACUGUGUCAGAGAACUCGCCACACGUUCUGGCCGAAUCUCACCCAUUGAAAAUUUCCUUCCCCUCCAUUAUGACUACUUGCAGUUUGCCUAUUACAGAGUUGGUGACUACAUAAAAGCCCUGGAGUGUGCCAAGUCCUACCUCCUCUUCCACCCAGAUGAUGAAGAUGUCUUGGAGAAUGCAAGUUAUUACGAGGGUCUCUUGGAAGGUACAAUGGAUCCAGACACCGUGAAACCCAGAAAGGAAGCAAAAAUGCUGCUGAGGCGCCAUAAGCUGGAGUCUCACCUUUUGCAAGUGGCUGCAGCCGGCCUUGGAUACACCUACACAGAGCCGAACUACUGGAACAGGUAUGGCGCCCGCCAGGAUGAGCACAGUGUCCCAUCAAGUAUUAGCAGUGAACCAGAGGAAAGGCCUAGGCUAUUCCUGGCAAAGAAACCCAUGCCAAAAUCAGAUCGAGAGUUGAAGGAGGGGGGUCCGCUUCUCUACAGCCAUGUAAAGUUUGUCUACAACUCCCAGCAGCUGAAUGGUACUCAGCGAGUUCUACUGGAUAAUGUCAUCUCAGAGGAGCAGUGCCGAGAACUUCACAGGGUGGCCAGUGGGAUCAUGUUGGCUGGAGAUGGUUACAGGGGCAAAACCUCUCCCCACACCCCAAAUGAGAGAUUUGAAGGAGCCACUGUUCUCAAAGCCCUCAAGUAUGGCUACGAGGGCCGUGUCCCAUUGAAAAGUGCCCGGCUCUUCUACGACAUCAGCGAGAAGGCUCGCAGGAUUGUCGAGUCCUACUUCAUGCUGAACUCCACGCUCUACUUCUCCUACACCCACCUGGUGUGCCGCACUGCUCUCUCUGGCCAGCAGGAGAGGAGGAACGACCUGAGCCACCCCAUCCAUGCUGACAACUGUCUCUUGGACCCUGAGGCCAACGAGUGCUGGAAAGAGCCUCCUGCUUACACCUUCCGGGAUUACAGUGCCCUCCUGUACAUGAAUGCAGAUUUUGAAGGAGGAGAGUUCAUUUUCACUGAGAUGGAUGCCAAAACUGUGACGGCCUCCAUCAAGCCCAAGUGUGGGCGAAUGAUCAGCUUCUCAUCAGGCGGUGAGAACCCCCAUGGGGUGAAGGCAGUUACCAAAGGCCAGCGGUGUGCUGUGGCUCUCUGGUUCACUUUGGACCCACUUUACAGAGAGUUGGAGCGAAUUCAGGCAGAUGAAGUGAUCGCGAUGUUGGACCAGGAGCAUCUAGGACCCAGUGAAAUGAACAUCAACCCAAAGGAUGAGCUAUGAACUAGGCCAAAGACUUUUUAUAUUAAAUAUUUAUUUAAUAUUGUUAAUCUUAUUAGAACCCUUCUAUUUUUGUACAGAGAUGCUGUAUAAAUUAACAGAUUAAUAUGAUUGUGGAGUUUCAGGAAUGCCUCUUCUGUGUUUAGCGCAGCUCUUGCUGAGACCUCUCAUGUCUGUGCCAGCAUCUCCUGCUGGGGCUGGUUGCCUCCAGCAUCCCAUGUUCUUCUCUAGCACUUCUCAGGAUUUAUUCAACCCCACUGUAUCCCUUUGGAGAACCUCUUUUUGGGGGGGAGGGGGUUUCUUUUUCCUUCCUCAAUCAGAAAUAGCUGCUUCUCUUCAGCUUCUGCUAGAGAAAUGUCUCAGGUGUGCUAACUGACCAGUCUUCCUGCCCCUGCUAAGUGCUGGCUGAAGACCUGGGCAGUGCUGGGGCACAGGUUAGUUAUGGUUGUCCUUUCCAUCCUGGAUCCCUUCACCAUUUGAAAUACGCUUUUUAGGGAAAAAAAAAACAAACAAAGGAAAACCUAAGUCUUAGCAAAAUGCAUAUCUCUCUGUAGCCAUGCAAUGCUGGUGUUUGGUAUUAAUUCUGAGCAAAGCUUCCAGAAAGCAUCUGCGGGGCAGAGGCAUAAGCUGUGCACAGGCAUGAAGGGGUUUGACUUGCAGUGGACUCUGGUGGAAUAGGGCCUGUUGCUUGUGUUCUCUCCCUUCUCUUGCUAAUAGCCUGGGAUGCAUGAAAGGAACUCCCCUUUUCAAAACAGCCAGAGGAAGUCUGGGGGGAAGAAUGGGAGGGCAGUUGGAGUACGGAGACACAUUACAUUGUGCCUCUGUCUGCACCAUGCUAUGGCAUCCAAGGUUUGAUUCCUACAUGCUGCAAGUUCAGCAUGAGUUUGUGCUGCCAUCCCCUUACAACCAUGUCUGCCCGAGUGCAUCCUGCAGAGCUGUCCUUCCAAGCAGCAGGGUGCAUCCCCCUGCCCUCCUGGAGGCUGCAGGGAUCCCACCAGCUGGUCCUCUGUCAGGAGGGAAUGCCUUUUGUAAUUGGUUUGCUGCUGUGGUGGUUAGCCAGGGCUGUGUCUAAAUCCAGAGGAAAUAAACUAAACAUGAUGUCUGU